GGCGUCCUCCGUGACUGCGGUCCCCGGGCGAGGCUGCCGCUGCUGGGGCCGGGCUGGGUCAGCCCCUCCGCUGCCCUUGAGCGAGGGAGGGAACCUGUGGCCUGAGCCCCAUCCUGGCGGCCCCGCGCCGAGUGAGCGGGACUUGGGUCCACUUUCUGAGCCAAGGGAUUCCCAGCACCGGCUUCAGGGUCAGGCUGUGCGAUCCUGGUGGUGGCCACUUACGGCUCUGUGACCCGGGGCAAGUCACUUAACCUCCCCGAGCCUCCUUUUCCUCCCCCGAGAAGUGGGUCAGCGAUACCUGCCCUGCUCGGUCGGUCGGUCCGUGGGAGGUGAAAGGAGAGAGCAUGGCAGAGACGCACCUGCCUGGCACUCCUCCUGAGAAGUGGCAGGGAAAGAGUUGGAGCAGUGCCAGCGGCAGGCGGACGAGGUGACGGAAAUCAUGCUCAACAACUUUGACAAGGUCCUGGAGCGCGAUGGGAAACUCUCGGAGCUGGAGCAGCGUUCAGACCAACUCCUGAACAUGAGCUCAGCUUUCAGCAAAACAACCAAGACCCUGGCCCAGAAGAAGCGCUGGGAGAACAUCCGUUGGCGUAUCUGCUUGGGGCUGGUGGUGGCCGGAGGCCUGCUCAUCAUCUUGAUUGUGUUGCUGGUCAUCUUUCUCCCACAGAGAAGUGAGGGCAGCAGUGGCCCACAGGCCCAGGACUCAGGGGCUGCCUCGGGGCCUGGGGACUGACCCAGUUGGGCCUGGAGGAGAGGCCGAAUGGCCGCACUGGCUGAUUCUGGUCUCCAAAGAACGUUGGCAUUUGCUCCUAUCUGAGCCACCCCAGUGAGCACCUAAGGGCAGCCCCAAAGUGUGCACCUUUGCAUCUCCUAUCACACCACUGACUGGCCCUUGAGGGCAGCCUGCUGCACUGGCCAUGGCAGGCCAGCCCCACUUGGAGCUCAGUAAACGCUGCUGCUUGGUUAAAAAGUGCUGUUUGGUUAACAGCUGGCGUGUGUGUGUGU